AAACCGGAAGUAAACUGUCAACUGACAAAAGUCACUCGAGCGGGUGUUGGGUUGUUUUGCUAAAGCACUGGCAUUGCUCUCAGCCUCGGUCAACCAGAAAUUAAUUCUCGCAUUUUCGACUGCUAUCAUUUUCAAUGAACUCGUAUCACAUCCCAAAGGUUAUACAUCGUAGGAAGGCAGACUGAGACAUCUUGUCAUUUCAGUGUAGUUUCCCUAGCUAAUCCCAGCAUGACUUCUCGUCGGCCUGACAGCUUUGAGGGUUUGGGUUACAGGGGCAGAGAGGAUCCGUCAUUCAGCGGGGGGUAUUCGGGCAGGUCAUUCAAUAAUUCUUCCAGCUCUGACCUCCAGCACUGGGUCACCACACCUCCAGAUAUACCUGGCAGCAGAAACCUGCAUUUUGGCGAUCGUACACCCCAAUUUGAGGCGGCACCUGCCCAACCAGGAGCAGCGGACGAAGCGCAGUCAGCGGCUCCACCGUCCGAGCAGCUGAACAGAUUUGCUGGUUUCGGGAUAGGUCUUGCAAGCCUCUUCACAGAAAAUGUCCUGGCCCAUCCCUGCAUCGUGUUUCGGCGUCAGUGUCAGGUGAAUUACCAUGCCAGGUGUUACCACUUGUCCCCACUGACUGCCAUCAGCGUGAUGUACAAUGUCACCAAAACUCAGGGUCCAAAGGCUUUAUGGAAAGGAAUGGGCAGCACUUUUGUGGUACAGGGGGUCACGCUGGGAACAGAGGGCAUCAUCAGCGAAUGCACCCCGUUACCAAGGGAGUUAUCACACAAAUGGAACCCUAAACAAGUUGUGGGACACUUAGUACUCAAAGGUUUGACAUAUGUGGUUGCAAUGCCGUUUUACUCAGCAAGUCUCAUAGAGACUGUACAGAGUGAAAUAAUCCGAGACAACCCCGGCAUCCUGGACUGUGUGAAAGAGGGUCUGGGACGUGUAAUGGGUAUGGGAGUGCCUCACAGCAAGCGUCUCCUUCCCCUCUGGAACCUGGUGUUCCCCACAGUCCUCCACGGCAUCCUCCACUAUCUAAUCAGUUCCAGCGUGCAGCGGUUGGUUCUUUAUCUGCUGCGGCGUCGGAAUAAUGGCUCACCGAAGCACUCGUCCCCUGACUCGGGAGCAGACACGGUCCAGUCUAUGCUGGACGCAUACUUUCCUGAGCUCAUGGCCAGCUUUGCCGCCAGCCUGUGUGCAGAUGUGAUGUUGUUUCCUUUGGAAACGGUGUUGCACAGGCUGCAUAUCCAGGGAACGCGCACUAUCAUCGACAACACCGAUCUGGGUUUUGAAGUGUUGCCCAUUAACACCCAAUAUGAAGGAAUGAGGGACUGUAUUAAUGCCAUUCGCCGUGAGGAGGGCACCAUGGGCUUCUACAAGGGCUUCGGCUCCAUCGUGGUGCAGUACUCGCUUCAUGCCACGGUGCUGCAGAUCACCAAGAUGAUCUACUCGACGCUUCUGCGAAAUGCUUGAUUCUGAAAGGAUUGAUUACUUAUUCACUGAGAAGUCCUUUUUUGGUUGAGUUGGACAUUCCAAAAAAUGUGUCCUAGUAUGAAUUGAUAAUUGCAGAUAUGCGAGGUUUUCUUUACCUCUUCCUGUGAUUGGUCAGUCUACUUCCAUACAUUGUUUCAUAAAGCACUGGUUGUCUCAUUGAUUGCACGACACAUUUAUGCAAAUUAGUCAAUAUGCUCUCAUUUUAGCACUGGAUUUGAAUUAUUCUCAUGGUGAUCCCCAACCCUCCGCCAUUCUUCGGCACCGGCGCCAAAACAUGUAUGAUAUUUAUAAAACAUUGACCUUUGUAAUUGUACUUCCAUACUGUUUUCGUCAAUGGUCGCUAGGUUUCAAAACGUGGCUGUUUUUUGGCAACGUUGCUUGAAGCCCUGUGCCAUGUUCUUUAUGUCAUUAAAUUAUUAUUUGCACCUUAGUGAAACUUGUGCCAGUGUUUCAAACAGUGAAAAUGUUUCUAUUUGCCAGGUUUAACACAAUAUAAGAGAUUAAAAAUUCAGUUAAUUGAAUAGAAGCCAUUAUAUACACAAGAAUGCAUGUGUAAAAAUAAUGUACCUCUGGUUCCUGGGUGAGUAAAUGAUCAAGUUCUAAAUUAUUGGGCACCAUGCUUUAAAAUAAAAUAAAUGUCUACAA